GGUAUGUUUAUUUAGAAUAUUAUAGCUGUAAAAUAAUUACAUUAUGUAAAAUCUCAUCUAUAUUGUUAUUACUUUUAUUUGUGCUUAUCAUAAUAUAAUAACAUCGUAAUAGACAAUCAUGUUGUUAAUGAUACAAAAAUCCUAUGUUUUUGUAUCAGAGGGAAGAGUUGACAUAUGUCAAAUUAUCUAUUAUCAUUAUCCUUCCUAUCGAAAAUUUACCUUGCACCUUGCACAACUACUAAGCACAUCAUCUUCUUGUGUAUCUGUAUCUGUAGCAAAUAAGUCUAUAGACUUAUUUGGCACGUUUUUCUUUAAUUUUAUAUUACACAAACUGAAAUGGAUAUCCCCGGUUUUUUGUAUGCUGGUUUAGUUGCAGCUGGUGGAGUGUUUGGUUAUUAUAAAGCAGGUUCUGUACCUUCUUUAGCAGCAGGUGUACUUUUUGGUGGUGCAUUAGCCUAUGGAGCUGUAGAAACAAGCCGUGAUCCUUCCAAUUACACACUUCAAUUAGCUACUAGUUCAAUUCUGGCUGGUGUUAUGGGAUAUAGAUUCUACAAUUCUGGAAAAAUUAUGCCUGCAGGUGUCGUAUGUUUAAUGUCUAUAGCAAUGAUCGUUAGGAUUGCGGGAAGAGCUAGUGGAAUUACAGGACCUAGACAUACAUAAAUUUAGUGGAUAUGCUAAAAAGGUAAUUGACUAUUGGCUAUAUUUGUUUUAAGUUGUACAAAUAGACAAUAUUCAGUUAACAAAACCAUAAUCAUAAUUAUGGUAAUAUAUAAAUAUUAUGUUAUUAGUAGGUACCAUAAUAUUUUAUGAUUUAGUUAUUUAAAGGUGAUUGUAAAAGUGCUAGCGGUAGUUAAAUAGUUAUUUGUUAAAAGAUGUUUGGAAAGAUUUGUGAAGUGUUUGGAAAAAUUGAAUAAAUAAAAAGAACAUACAUUAACAUUUUGAUACGUUAUUAGAGCUGCAGCUAAUUUACUUGUUAAAGUUUUACAGUCACAAUUUCUUCUUUCUACAUUACUUUUACUAUUUUGAGUAUACUUUGGUAUACACUUUCCUGGUUAGUUUGGAAUAUGUUUGUCCUAGCUAAUCAUGAAACAUAUUAAAUUAAUCAGCAUACAGCUUACACAUAAUAAAUUUAUACUUAGCAUAAGUAGUAAAGGUUCUCUCUCUAAACCUCAAUAAAUUGACAUAUUGCAUUUCUUUUAAAACAGUACAACCUCCGUUAACCGAAAUAAGUGGGGGGGGGGGGA